GGUGACAGAGCGAGACUCCGUCUCAAAAAAAAAAGAAAAGAGAGCCUUGUUUCAGACCAUUGGAUAGUCCUUAUACAGAUUGGAAAAUACAGAGGCAAUAAUUUUCAAAUAAAAUCUGAUCUGCUGUCUCUAGAAUCAGCGUCCAGGGUUCUAUACCGGGAACUUGGGCUGCUGUGUUGAAAACUGGCAUUGAUAGGGGGAGGGAUUGGGCCAAGAACAAAUAAAAAUUCCACAAGACUUUUCUACAAGUUUUCAUUUUCUUUAUAUAUAUGUUUAUCUCUCUGUUAAUAGUAUAGGGUGCCAAAUAUUACACUUUCAAAAUCCUUUUCUGUCUUUGAAAAGCUGCACUUUCUUGGUGAGAAGGUUUCCAGCAUUUUUUUUAGAUAUUGUGAGUUCUAUUAGAUUUGGUAAUGUAAUUUUUGUUGACUACUAAAAGAUCUGUUUUAGUUAUUUAGGAAGUAUUAUAAAUAUUCAUGAGAGAUGACAUUGAGUUCUUUCUAAGAACAUGUACAGUAUUUCCCCUUCUUUCCUUCUCUUUUGGCAUUACUCAAAAAAAUGUUUAAAUCUUUUUCAUUGAGAUGGUGAAAUAUCUUUUGUUAGUUUUUUGUCAUACUUCACUACAUUUGAUUUAGGGGAAACUAGCUGCCAGCUUCCAAAUAUUCUCUGUAAGAGGUAGGAUGGGCUGAAUCCCCCGAAGAACAAGUUGCAACAAAAUAUGUGAAAUUUUAUCUACUCAGAAAGUUCAUUAUAGAGCCAAUGCCCAGAGUGUUUCUUUGUAGCUAUCUUAGCCUGUUUCUUGUUAUUCAUAAUAGAAUUACUGAACCUGGGUAAUUUAUAAGAAACAGUAUUUAGUUUUUACAUUUCUGGAGGCUGGGAAGUCCAGGAUUAAGGCUGGACAUCUGGUGAGAACCUUCUUGCUGGUGGGAACUCGGCAGAGUCCCUAGGUGACAUAGAGUAUCACAUGGUGAGGGAAUGGAGUAUCUAGCUCAGAUGUCUUUCUCUAGAAGGACAUGAGUCCUACUCCUGAGAUAGCUCAUUUAUUCACCCAUUAUGGAUUAAUCUAUUCAUGAGGUCCAAACCCUCAGUACUAAAUUACCUCUUAAAACCCCACCUUUUUUUUUUUUUCCAACUGCCACUUUGGAGAUUAACAUUCUGUGUGCAUUUUGGAAGGGACAACCAUUCAAACCUAGCAGUGGCUGAUCAGGUACACUCCCUCUGCUGAGUAUGUAACAAAAUUCUAAACUCUCAGAAGGAAGAUGGGAGUUAAGGAAAUAAUAUAUAUAUUUUUGCAUAAACAGUUUAGGCACACUCCACUUCUGUUAUGCUCAUGGGGCCCUCCCCUGAAUACAUUGUCUAGACACCAUGAAAGGCCCAACUUUGUGAUCAAGCAUUUGUAAGGAUUUGUAGUCUCAGGACUGCUAAUGGUAACUCUCUGUUGCACAAUAAGUAGUAGAACUUUAUCAUGCCAAGGACUGCAAACCCACUGUGGAAUAGACAUUAGGGGUGAUCCAGGCUACGUGAUUCACUCACUUAGUUCACCAACAAGUGGCAAGUUUCUAUUCAACUGUUAAUUUACUAAACAUGUUUAAUUCUAGCUUCAGAGUUAAUGCGUGGGAGAAAGUGAGUGUAGACAGAAUAAGAGUGGGUUUACCAUUUCAUUGAAUAAAAUGGUUGGAAACCACAGCGUCAUGUGAAGUUUAUGAAGUGAGUAUAGAUUAUCAGUACUGUGAUUUUCACCCUUCCUCCUCUGUACAUGUGGGAUGGAUCAGGCCUCAGUGGCUUUAGAGGAUGUGGCUGUGAACUUCACCCGAGAAGAAUGGGCUUUGCUGGGUCCUUGUCAGAAGAAUCUCUACAAAGAUGUGAUGCAAGAAACCAUCAGGAACCUGGAUUGUGUAGGAAUGAAAUGGAAAGACCAGAACAUUGAAGAUCAGUACAGAUACCCCAGGAAAAAUCUAAGAUGUUAUAUGUUAGAGAGAUUUGGUGAAAGUAAAGAUGGAAGUCAAUGUGGCAAAACAUCUAGCCAGAUUCAGGAUAGUAUUGUGAACAAGAACACUUUUCCUGAAGUAGAUCCAUGUGAAAGCAGUAUGUGUGAAGAAAUCGUUGUGGGUCAUUCAUCCCUUAAUUGCUACAUCAGAGUUGAUGCUGGGCACAAACCACAUGAAUGUGGAGAGAAGCCAGAUACACAUAAACAGUGUAGGAAAGCCUUCAGUUACCACAACUCAUUUCAAACACCUGAAAGUCCUCCCACUGGAAAGAAACCAUAUGAUUGUAAAGAAUGUGGGAAAUCCUUCAGUUCUCUGGGAAACCUUCAAAGACACAUGGCAGUGCAGCGUGGAGAUGGACCUUAUAAAUGUAAGUUGUGUGGGAAAGCCUUUUUCUGGCCCAGUUUAUUAAAUGUGCAUGAAAGAACACACACUGGAGAGAAACCGUAUGAAUGUAAGCAGUGUUCUAAAGCCUUUUCUUUUUACAGUUCCUAUCUAAGACAUGAAAGAACGCAUACUGGGGAGAAACCAUAUGAAUGUAAGCAGUGUUCUAAAGCCUUCCCUGAUUACAGCUCUUGUCUAAGACAUGAAAGAACUCACACUGGAGAGAAACCCUAUACAUGUAAACAAUGUGGGAAAGCCUUCAGUGCCUCCACUUCCCUUCGAAGACACGAAACAACUCACACUGGAGAGAAACCCUAUGCGUGUAAGCAAUGUGGGAAGGCAUUUCAUCAUCUGGGAAGCUUUCAAAGACACAUGAUAACACACACUAGAGAUGGACCUCAUAAAUGUAAGGUAUGUGGGAAAGGUUUUGAUUGUCCCAGUUCACUGCAAAGUCAUGAAAGAACUCACACUGGAGAGAAGCUCUAUGAAUGCAAGCAGUGUGGGAAAGCAUUAUCUCAUAGCUCAAGCUUUCGAAGACACAUGACAAUGCACACUGGAGAUGGACCUCAUAAAUGCAAGGUAUGUGGGAAAGCCUUUGUUUAUCCCAGUGUAUUUCUAAGACAUGAAAGGACUCACACUGCAGAGAAACCCUAUAAAUGUAAACAAUGUGGCAAAGCCUACCGUAUUUCCAGUUCCCUUCGAAGACAUGAAACAACUCAUACUGGAGAGAAACCCUAUAAAUGCAAAUGUGGGAAAGGCUUUAUUGAUUUCUAUUCCUUUCAAAAUCACAAAACAACUCAUGCUGGAGAGAAGCCAUAUGCAUGUAAGGAAUGUGGGAAAGCAUUCAGUUGUUACCAAUACCUUUCUCAACAUAAAAGGACUCACACAGGAGAGAAACCUUAUGAGUGUCAAACAUGUAGGAAAGCCUUCAGUCAUUUUGGUAACUUAAAAGUCCAUGAAAGAAUUCACUCUGGAGAGAAGCCAUAUGAAUGUAAGGAAUGUGGGAAAGCAUUCUCUUGGCUCACUUGCUUUCUACGACAUGAAAGAAUUCACAUGAGAGAGAAAUCCUAUGAAUGUAAACAAUGUGGUAAAGCCUUCACUCAUUCUCGUUUCCUUCAAGGACAUGAAAAAACUCACACUGGAGAGAACCCUUAUGAAUGUAAGGAAUGCGGGAAAGCAUUUGCUUCUCUCAAUUCCUUGCAUAGACAUAAAAAGACUCACUGGAAAGAUACUCUGUAAAUGUAUGGAAUGUGGGAAAGCAUUUAUUUAUUUUAUUUCAGAAAUUUGGAAGAAACACAUUGGAGAUAAACCCUGUGAAUGUAAGCCCUUUGGGAAAGCCUUAAGUAGUUUCAGUUUCUUUCGAAUGCAGUUAUCCUUUGAUACAUGCUGGGUAUUGGUUCCAGCACUCUGUGAGCCAUUUCAAGUCCCUUUUAUAAAAUGAAAUAUUUGUAUGUAACCUACCCCCAUCCUCUUGUAUACUCUCAAUCAUGUCUAGAUUACUUAAAAUACCUCAUGCAUUGUAAAAGCUAUGCAAAUAGUUGUUCUAUUGUAUUGUUUAGGGAAUCGUGAUAAGGAAAAGAGUCUAUGUACUUUCAGUACAGAUGCAGUAAUUGUGAGCCUGUCGACAUAGUAUGUGUCAGCCAGGCCAUUAAAGUUUCUUUCAGCCCUCACA